AUAACCCUAAACCCUAAAACCCAUCCCCCUCUCUCGUUUUCCUUCCACCCUUCCCCGAAGGGCGACCGCUCCCGCCGCCGCCGCCAUGCCGAAGCACUACCGGCCCGCGGGCAAGAAGAAGGAGGGGAACGCCGCCAAGUACAUCACCAGGACCAAGGCUGUCAAGUACCUGCAGAUUAGCCUCGCCGUCUUCAGGAAACUAUGCAUUCUCAAGGGAGUGUUUCCCCGGGAGCCCAAGAAGAAGGUGGAGGGGAACCACAAGACCUACUACCACAUGAAGGACAUCGCCUUCCUUGCGCAUGACCCUUUGAUUGAGAAGUUCAGAGAAAUCAAGGUUCACAGAAAGAAAGUUAAAAAGGCUUAUGCCAAGAAAAACAGGGAUCUGGCAGACAGAUUGUUGAAUCGACCACCGACUUACAAACUUGAUAGACUUAUCAUUGAAAGAUAUCCAUCUUUUGUUGAUGCUCUCAGAGACUUGGAUGAUUGCCUAACGAUGGUGCAUUUAUUUGCGGCUUUACCUGCCAUUGAGGGUGAACGUGUGCAAGUACAACGAAUCCAUAACUGCCGCAGGUUAAGCCAUGAAUGGCAAGCAUAUAUUUCUCGAACUAAUUCCCUGCGAAAGACAUUCAUAUCUGUCAAGGGCAUAUACUACCAGGCUGAAGUUCAAGGGCAAAAGAUCACUUGGCUUACUCCACAUGCUCUCCAGCAAGUUUUAACUGAUGACGUCGACUUCAAUGUGAUGCUUACCUUUUUGGAAUUCUAUGAGACUCUUCUAGGAUUUGUGAACUUCAAGCUUUACCAUUCAAUAAAUGUGAACUAUCCGCCUAUUCUGGAUUCUCGUCUAGAAGCUUUGUCUGCUGAGCUCUAUGCGCUGUCCCGUUAUAUGUCUUCUGGAAGACUGCCUGGAAAUCCAGAGUCUAAUGGGUUUAUUGAAGACAAAGAGACUGAAAAUGAUAAAGAGAGCUCCAAGACUGACGAGUCUGAGCUCAGAUUGGCACAGCUUCAACAUCAGCUACCUGCUAAUGAACCUGGUGCGUUAAUGCAUCUUGUAGAAGAAUCAACUGCUGAUGAUACAGAGGAGGAAAGCGUUAAAGAGUGCAGGACUUUAUUCAAAGAUCUGAAGUUCUACUUAAGUCGUGAGGUUCCUAGGGAGUCCCUCUUGUUUAUAAUUCCGGCAUUUGGAGGAACUGUUUCCUGGGAAGGAGAAGGAGCUCCAUUUGAUGAAACAGAUCAAGAUAUCACCCAUCAGAUUGUUGACAGGCCAACCCAGAGCCAUGUUUUCCUCUCCAGGCAGUAUGUUCAACCACAAUGGAUUUUUGAUUGUGUAAACAUUCUCAGAGUAAUUCCCACAGAUGACUAUAUUGUUGGAAGGGUGCCUCCACCACAUUUAUCUCCUUUUGUGGACAACGAUCAAGAGGGUCAUAUGCCUGACUAUGCCGUGACCUUGGAGAGAUAUAAAUCUGCCGGUCAAAACCAAGUUAUGCCUCUGCCAGGUGAUGAAGAUCUGGGCAAUUCGAUAGUAGAGGCAAAAUCCGAGCAUGAUGAAUUUGCUAAAAAGAAGAGGGAGUUGGAGAAGCAAGAGAAGAAAUACCACGACGAGCUGAAGAUGGAAAUUGAGGGAACCACUUUCUCUAAUUUGUCGAAUAAGAAGGCUGAUAGUGCACCUGAUGUUGCUGACGAAGAUGAGACCCAGGCAGCUGUUGAACAAGCUGAAAAGGAUGCUGAUGACAUUGCCAAGUCUGUCGUUUCCAGGAAGAAGAGAGGCCUUAUGGAAGCAAUGAAGAUUAGCAAUGAUAGGAAGAAGAGCAAAGUCGAGCUGCUCAAGCAAAGGAAGAAGGCGGCUGAGUCCAGCGCUUCUGCUAAACGUCGUUGAUGUACCGAAUUCAUCAGGCGGCCGCAUACUAUGUUGUAGUAUCCGUUUUGAUGAUACGCUUUUACUAGUCCUUGUGGUGGUAUUUAUGUUGUUUUUGCAUUGACUGGAUGUACUCAGAUACUUGAAUGGAAAAUUUUGAUCUGUUUUAAUCGAUCAUCAUUGUGCUCU